UUGGAGCUUCUGAUCUGAUGAAGUGAAAACUCCAAUAUCAAGACCGUUGAACGUGGAAAAGUUCCGAGACAAUAGCUGACAAAUCCACACGUUCUGUCUCUCUCCAACUUUUCAUUAUCCACGAUCAUUGGCGUCAUUGCAAAUUGUUUAAUUUUAUUUCUGGUUUGCUUUUUGUUAUGUUCCCGGCUCGAAGCAUGGGCGAGAAAUAACAUUGAUUGAUGUAACAAAAAUGAAACGAAAACAAAGAAAGCAAGACAGAAGCUUCUUCUUCUUCUUCUUCUCUUCGUUACUCUGUUUUUGCUGAUUCUCUUGGCAUGGGUCGUCGUGUCCUGUCCCUCUCAUCCUCUUCAUCGAUUAGCUUCUGCUUCUUUGCUUUCCUGCAAUAUGCAUCUUUUUUGGUCGUGGUCGUUAAUGGGAAAAAAAAUCUCAUCCUGUCGCCAUCGAUGCCCAUCAAUCGCGAUCUCUACCAUUCCAGUGGGGAUUUGAUGGAGCAGAUAAAGGCUUUGGUCCAUCGUCACCCCGACAAACUCACUAUGGAAACAAUUAAAUCUAGAAAUAAGGGGUACCAGGCAGAGAUCUCAGUGGUUACAUAUUGCCGGGGAAGGAGAGAGAAUGAUGACAGGUCAAAGUUUCGGAUCCUUCUUAGUUUUGGCCAGCAUGGAAGGGAGCUCAUUACAUCUGAACUUGCUUUCCGGAUUUUGUCAAUUUUAAGCGAGGAGCAGUUUCUACCCAACAUGGAUCCAGUUUCACUAAACAGUACCCUUGACAAGCUAAUCAUAAAGGUGGUGCCUAUGGAAAACUUGAAUGGCCGCAAGCUCGUUGAAGCAGGAGAUCUUUGUGAGAGGAGAAAUGGAAGGGGAGUUGAUCUUAACCGAAAUUGGAGUGUAGAUUGGGGCAAAAAGGAAAAGGAUUAUGAUCCAUAUGAGGAAAACCCUGGAACUGCUCCUUUUAGCGAGCCUGAAACUCAAAUAAUGCGGAAACUUGCCCUUUCUUUUGAUCCACAUGUAUGGAUUAAUGUGCACUCUGGAAUGGAGGCACUGUUUAUGCCAUACGAUCAUAAAAACACUACACCUGAUGGAUUUUCUGCACACCAGAUGAAAUUGUUGCUUGAAGAAGUGAACCGUCAUCAUUGCCAAAAGCAUUGCAUGAUUGGAUCUGGUGGAGGUUCUGUCGGGUAUCUGGCACAUGGGACAGCAACAGAUUUCAUGUACGACAUUGCAAAGGUGCCCAUGGCUUUCACAUUUGAGAUAUAUGGAGACGAAGCAGCCUCAUCCCAAGACUGCUUUAAAAUGUUCAAUCCCACUGACCUCACCACUUUUAAUAGAGUUCUCAACGACUGGUCUGCUGCGUUCUUCGCCAUUUUCAAAUUGGGUCCGCAGCAACUUAGUGAAGUUCAUCCGAAGGUGUCUGCUCCCAAGUCUGACAAGUGGGUAUCCAUCGAUGACUAUCUUGAUGGGUACUUGAUGGAGAGGAGCAGCAGAAAUGGGAAGAAGAUGGAAGUGCUUGACUUUGGAAUGCAAGAGAUAAGAACGUAUUUCAGGCUCUUCGUGUUAUCCUCAGUAUUGUUAUUGUUCAUGUUCUGCUCCAGAAUUUCAAAAAGUAAGUCCAGUAGACCAGUUCUUUCCGCCAUUCCCCUAUGACAUUUUACCUUGAUGAAUGGGGCAUAGAGAUAGUGUUGCAUCUAUAGAUAUUAAAAAUAUUCUUUUACCCAUAUUGUAAUUGCUAAUUUGUAGCACACCUUAUUUUGAGAAUUAAUCACUGUUGUCAUGGGCUUGUGUUAUGGAAGCAAAACAGAAAUGAUUCAUUUUA